AUGGGGGAGAUCUACAGGGGCGAAUCGAAGCGCAUCACCCUGGUCCUCCAGCAGCCCCCCGGCGGGGGUCCGGCCCCACCGGGCCAACGCCACGUGGUGCUGGGCAGCCUCCCCGGCAAAAUCGUCUUGCAAGGCAACCAACUGGCCGCCCUCGGCCAAACCAAAGGGACGCCGGGCCAACCCGCCAAGGUGGUCACCAUCCAGCUCCAGGUCCAGCAGCCCCCCGGCGCGGCGGGCCAACCGGGUGCCCCCCAAAAAAUCCAGCUCCUCCAGCAGCCCCCCGGCGCGGCGGGGCAGGCGGCCCCGGUGGCCGUGUCCUCGGUGCCGCAGGUGGUGGGCGGCGCGGGGCAGAGGUUGACGGUGCCGUUGAAGGUGGUGUUGCAACCGCAGGCCGGCUCCUCCCAGGGUGGCUCGGCGGGUUUAUCGGUGGUCAAAGUCCUCAGCAGCAGCGAGGUGGCCGCCUUGACCAGCCCGGGUUCGCGGGGCGCUUCGGAGGAAAGCCGCAAGCUGGAGCACCAAAAGAAACAGGAAAAAGCCAACCGCAUCGUGGCCGAAGCCAUCGCCCGCGCCCGCGCUCGGGGCGAGCAGAACAUUCCCCGCGUCCUUAACGAGGACGAGCUGCCCAGCGUCCGGCCCGACGAGGAAGGCGAGCGCAAACGACGCCGCAAAGGGGCCGGCGAGCGCGGGGGGCCCAAAGAGGAGCGACCUCGCAAGGGCAAGGGGCAGGGGGGGUCCGGCAAGAGCAAGGGGCGCAGCAAACCCAGCUCCCGUCGGGGCAGUUCACGGAAUCCGAGGAGUUCUUCGUCAAAUAUAAGAACUACUCCUAUCUGCACUGUGAGUGGGCCACCAUCGACCAGCUGGAGAAGGACAAGCGCAUCCACCAGAAGCUGAAGCGCUUCAAGACCAAGAUGACGCAGAUGCGGCACUUCUUCCACGAGGACGAGGAGCCCUUCAACCCCGACUACGUGGAGGUGGAUCGGAUUUUGGACGAGUCGCACAGCGUCGAUAAGGACAACGGGGAGCCCGUGGUUUACUACCUGGUGAAGUGGUGCUCCCUCCCCUACGAGGACAGCACCUGGGAGCUGAAGGAGGACGUGGACGAGGGGAAGAUCGGCGAAUUCAAGCGCAUCCAAGCCCGCCACCCGGAGCUCAAGCGCCUGCCCCGUCCCCAAGCCGGCUCUUGGAAGAAGCUGGAAUUAUCCCACGAGUACAAAAACCACAACCAGCUCCGCGAGUACCAACUGGAAGGCGUCAACUGGUUGCUCUUCAACUGGUACAACAGGCAGAACUGCAUCCUGGCCGACGAGAUGGGCUUGGGGAAAACCAUCCAGUCCAUCGCCUUCCUGCAGGAGGUUUCCAACGUGGGGAUCCGCGGCCCCUUCCUCGUCAUCGCCCCCCUCUCCACCAUCACCAACUGGGAGCGGGAGUUCAACACCUGGACCGAGAUGAACAGCAUCGUCUACCACGGCAGCCUGGCGUCCAGGCAGAUGAUCCAGCAGUACGAGAUGUACUGCAAGGAUUCGCGGGGUCGCUUGAUCCCCGGAGCCUACAAAUUCGACGCGCUGAUCACCACCUUCGAGAUGAUCCUGUCGGAUUGCCCCGAGCUGCGGGAGAUCGAGUGGCGCUGCGUCAUCAUCGACGAAGCGCACCGCCUCAAGAACCGCAACUGCAAGCUGCUCGACAGCCUCAAACACAUGGACCUGGUGCCGAGGAGAAGAUCCUGGCGGAAUUCCGGGAUUCCUGCCACCACCACGUGCCCCACGACUUCCACCUGCAGGCCAUGGUGCGCUCGGCCGGGAAGCUGGUGCUCCUCGACAAGCUGCUGCCCAAACUCAAGGCCGGAGGCCACAAGGUGCUCGUCUUCUCCCAGAUGGUGCGCUGCCUCGACAUCCUGGAGGAUUACCUCAUCCAGAAGAGGUACCUGUACGAGCGGAUCGACGGGCGCGUGCGGGGCAACCUGCGCCAAGCCGCCAUCGACCGCUUCAGCAAACCGGACUCGGACCGCUUCGUCUUCUUGCUGUGCACGCGGGCGGGCGGACUCGGGAUCAACCUCACCGCCGCCGACACCUGCAUCAUCUUCGACUCCGACUGGAACCCCCA